AUGGCGAAUCUCGCAACCUUGGAUCACCCUUACCUCCCUCAAUCCGCCUCCCUGCUCUUCGAUGCCAAAGCCAAGGCAAACCUCACCUUUGAAGAUAUCGCUCGGCACAUCGGCCGCAAUGAGGUAGCCACGGCAGCAAUAUUCUAUGGGCAGGCAAAAGCGUCCAAGGAAGAUGUUGUCAAGCUUGCUGAACUUUUACGACUGCCGGCCCAGGCGCUGGAAAUGCAAAUGGGCGGCUUCCCCGACCGAGGACGCUCUGUCGACAUGCCUCCGCGUGAGCCUCUGAUAUAUCGCUUGUAUGAAAUUGUGCAGAACUACGGGUACGCGUAUAAAGCGGUGUUGAAUGAGAAGUUUGGCGAUGGGAUCAUGAGUGCUAUAUCUUUCUCGACAAACGUGGAAAAGGAGACGGACGACGAUGGGAAUAAUUGGGCCGUUAUUACACUGCGAGGGAAGUGGUAA